GUUGGAAAGUUGUUGUGAUCAAUACGAAGUGCUUUGGCAAAUGGUAAUGGUUGAAAGAUUUUAAUGUGGACGUUGACUGGACCCAUAACUAAGAAGAUAAACAGAAGAGGCCCAUGAGCUUUCUAAUAAGAAGAAAAAGAAGACGGCAACGUUUACAAACCCUAAAAUUUAAAGGAAACGUUUACUCGGAUCAAAUCAAAGAUAAACAAAGGAGUGCUAGCUUCUUCAAUGGAGAAGCGUUUCUAUAAGUCGCAAAGGCGGUUGGGUGCCUAUUCUCGUUCAGCUCGAGAAGGAGAAGAACGAGCUGUUAGCAGAGGAGAAGAUAUGAUAAGCUCAUUACCUGAACCGUUGUUAUGUCACAUACUCAGCUUUCUUACAACUGAGCAAGCGGUAAGGACAAGUGUUUUGUCUUCUAGAUGGAGACAUCUAUGGAAAUGGGUUCCUAGGUUGGAAUUAGACAGCUUUGAUUUCACUAAUGACAAGGACUGUGUUGAUUUCAUCCACAAGUUUCUGGCUUUACAAGGCAAGCCCUACUUGCGUGAGUUCAAGCUGACGAUUGACCAUGAUACCUUUGGUAGUGAGGCUUCUCUUUACGAGCCGUGUCUCGGCCGAGUGGAUAUGCGGAAGCUUGAACGUUUCCAAGUCGACAAUAAGUUUGGACGUGAUGGUGGCUUUAAUGACUUCCGGACACGGUUAACACUUUCCGCGUGCGAGGCAUUGGUCUCCUUAAAGCUCCAUUUCGUUUGGUUGAAUGACUUGGAGUCUCUUUCCUUGCCCUGCCUCAAGAUCAUGUACUUGGAAGACGUUGUUAUGCCUAGCGACGCGGCUGCAGAGGCGUUGAUCUCCUCCUCUCCGGUUCUUGAAGUCUUGAAAAUAAGCCUCAGUAGAGAAGAUUUUGUGGUGGCUUUACGUGUCUGCUCACCGUCGCUUAAGAGCUUCACUCUAAAACGAGUGAAACCUAUUUAUGCUCGUGGACAUUCAGUUGUGAUUGAUGCCCCGAAACUCGAGUAUCUGAGUCUCAUGGAUUACUACCAUUUCAGAAGCUUUGAGAUAAUCAGUAAGGCUGAGUCUUUCAAGGUUGAUAUCGAUGUCGAGUUUGAGCUGAUGACUGAUAACUCGUUGGAAGAGAAGAUCAUCGACAAUCUUCUCAACAGCUUUUCAGGUGUUAAAGAUAUGACCAUGUCAUGGAGAGCUCUGUGGUUUAUAAAUAGUUCCCAUGAGACGAACCCACUCCCCAAAUUUCAUGGCUUGACUCAUUUGCGUGUCAGUAUGUGCUUAAACGCAUCCCCUCAACUCUUACCGACCGUUCUCGAGAGCUGCCCCAAUCUGAAACACUUGACAGUGGAAUUGGUUAUUUAUCGAUAUGCAGUGAUGACUAGACCCUCCACUGUGAUGCUGCCUCGUUGUUUGGUAUCGUCUCUUGAAUCCGUCGAAAUGGAAAGCCCGGUCACGGAGGUGGCUACUGAACUGAAAUUGGCUAGAUACUUUAUGGAGAACUCGACAAAGCUCAGGAAGCUCGUUCUACGUUUGAAGCAGUCUUCUACUGGAGAGAAACACAAGCCUGGUGUCUUGGAACAACUCAUUGAAUCUCCAAGACGCUCUGCUUUGUGUCAGUUUGAAGUUAUUUCCAGUGGUUCCAACUCCAAAUCCAUGGUCUGAGGGGUAUGUUUAUGUAAAAUCCAAUAGGUUCUAAAGCUGGAGUUGAAGAUGAAACUAGUUGGCUCGAUUCUCAUGGCUUCCUUUUCCUCUUUCUUUUUCCUUUCUGUGUGAGGUACUAAACUGGUAUAGCUUAAGACUUCAUUUGGUUUGGUUGAAUGAUUUUGAGUCUCUAUUAUUAAACUUUGUCUCAAGAUUAUGCACUACUUAGAAUAUACGUUAUUAUUUCUAACCUAAUAUAUUCAUGCUCUGGUUUGAUUAUAA